ACACUUGAAUUCUUGCCUGCCUCUUCAUUCCGGAUAAGGUUUCCUUCCAUUUUCUCUACCAUUUUCUUUCCCACAUUUUCGAAACAACCAAAAUACUUCAUCAAGAAAUAAAUAACAGCUAACAAUUUGAGGAGAAAAAAAAAAGUUAAAACCAAAAGAAAGCAACCUUCCUCUUAUCCCAAACUCUUCAGAAGUGAGACCUUAUCGAUUUCCUUCAAUUCCCCAAGACAUGAUUUUCUUGGAAACUUUUCCUCCUUACCCACCAAACUAUAUCUGAUUUCCUUCAAUUUUCUGUUAUUUUCUUUCUUGCACAAGUCAAAAAGAGAAGAAAGAUGUCAACUUUGGGGGUGAAUUCUCACAUUUUGUACAGAGAAGUGUAUCAGUAUCACCACAUAGACCAACACCAGCAGCAGUUAUGGAGUGGUGGCGGCGCCGGCUGCUCAUUAUUACAAACAACUUCUGGGUGUUGUAAUUGGUUUGAUAGUAGAAAUAAUGGAAGGUGUUGUAAAAGGAUUUCAAAGAGAGACUUGAGAGUAGAAGCAUUUUGGCCAGAUAUAACAAGACCUACUGCUGUAGACAUGGAACCCAUCAACGAUUCCGAGCAUCUUGAUCAGAUUCUACUCCAGGCUCAGGAAGUUUCCCAGCCAAUUCUCAUCGAUUGGAUGGCUGCUUGGUGCCGGAAAUGCAUCUAUUUGAAGCCUAAGUUGGAGAAAUUAGCUGCUGAAUAUGAUACCAAGAUCAAGUUUUACUUUGUGGAUGUCAACAAGGUGCCUCAAUCUCUAGUGAAGCGAGGAAACAUAUCUAAAAUGCCCACAAUACAGCUAUGGAAGGAUGGAGAGAUGAAAGCAGAAGUAAUUGGAGGACACAAGGCCUGGCUUGUGAUUGAAGAAGUGAGAGAAAUGAUUCAAAAAUUUGUAUGAUAAUAUAUGUGUCUGUAUUCCUGAUUAAGCUUGUAAUCUUACAUGUAUAUACAUAAGGUUCUAUUCCAUAUUCUUCUUUAAAAGGAUCUUCUUU